AUGAAGGGAAGCAAUUCUGCAAGUGAGCCACAGCUCAAGAUACGAAUCCGUCGCUGGAGACAAUACCAGCCGACAAAAAGCCUAGCGAACGACGAUGGGUGUGGCAAGACGGCUUCGGAGUCAUCAGAUGCGCAUCUGCCAUCUGGGCAUCCAUCUUCACCAUUGACAAAAAGAGUGGGAAUCGAGUUCAUUAACGCAGCACAUCCCCGAGAUGCCACUUCGGCAGUGGCCGUCUCUAGCAUUCGAUCGCAUGCAGCUCGGGGUGUUCAUGCUUCCCGGCGCGCAUCAGCCCUGCCACUAAGUAAGGAUUCGAAGGGAAGAGGAGCACAAGUGGAUACUGGAAAAGUUUCCCAAGUGGUCGUCGUUUGGCCCGCUAGGCUGAAUAUUCCCCGAUUCGAAUGGUUGUUCCAAGGGAGCAGACCUAUCACAAAGCUUGAGUAUUUCCUCUUGGACUACUACGUCAAAUCUGUCAUUCCAGAAUCUCGGGAUUGGUGUGACCAUGGCGAGGGGGAGCUUCCAUUCUUUGAGACCGCGAGCCAACAUUGGCUCCCCUUUAUCGUCUCGGACGAUGGCAUGCUAGCCGGGGUCUUUCUUUCUGCAUGUCGUAAUCUUGUACGGCAUGAGCGGCGAGGACCAGUCGAUUGUGAUUACGCACAUGUGGCAACCAUGUACAAAGUGGAGUGUAUCAGAUCUGUUAACGCAGAUAUUGCUACAGAACAAUGUUCUAUUAGCAAUGCGUCGACUGCAAAAGCGCUAAUGUUGUGCAGCGAUGAGGCUCUGUGCGAGAAUGAGGCGGCUUCGUUCCAGCACUAUGAAGGCAUGAGGCAAAUGAUUCAGCUGAAAGGAGGCUUACCAAACUUUGGCGUUGCAGGGUUCUUGCGCAAAGCCUUCAAAGGGUGUAACAUGUACCAAUUUUUCGGGAAGCCACAUCUUGAAUAUGCCAGAUGAAACGGAGUCGAGUCCAUGCUGCAGACUGCUGGAGCAGGCAGGGGAGCCGACAGGACGAGAAUGCUUCAAUGUUCCUUACGAUGAUGUUUUGUCAUCAGGAAAUGCCAAGUGCGAGCUGGAGAGAGUUUUUCGCCAUCGAAUUUUUGGAAAAUGGAUCUUCAAGAUUUGUGGAGGGCGGCUUGGGGGCUGGAGAAUCACGGUCGUGGCUUGCUUGAUGCUUUGACUCUUGUUAGCGAUCGCGAUUUGCCUCGUGUCCAUUCGCUUGGGAUGGGGAUACAAGAAGCUGUUCCAUUACGGAGCAGUUUUCGGUUGUAAUGUGGGAGAGGCCGCUUCGGAAGAGGAAAUUCGGGAAGAUUAAUUUUGGAAGAUGGAUUUUGGGAAGAUGAUGUAGCAGCCAAGAUGAGCGUGUGCCUACGCGUUCGGGCAGGAGUGUCUUGAUAGCCUUGGUACGUACAGACGUGUCAACCAAAACUAAGCCAAAAUAAAUGAAC